UGUGCUUUUUUGCAAAUUACUCGGGCGAGCGAAGGAACAUUUUACAUUCGUACAUGCAGUUUACUUAUUGAUGUAUUGAAUCGGAACUUUUUUAUCAUUGAGGAAUCUGAAGCAGUGAUCGAAUUCACAUUGCCAAGUAUGAUUCGAACUCGAUCAAGAAGCAGAAGCAGAGGCAGAGGUGAUCUAGACAUCAAUCCAUUUACCGGAACAACCAGGAGAGGAACUAGAUAUUCCCUGGGAAGUCAUGAUCCUCGCAGCCCUAAGAAGUCAAUUAGAAGGCAUUCCGAAAGUAGAAUGGAAUACGGAGGACGGGGUAGUGGCUCGGAAGUCGAACCUCGUCGACCAUCCCGGCUGUACAUUUUUUUCGAAAAUUUGAUCAUCAAUAUCAGUGAAACCUUUGACAUUCUUGGAAAGAAAUCACUAGCAACCAUGGAAGCUGUUCUAGAGAUGAUUUUGAAUUGUCUUAUUAAUUUCAUUUUUCUAAUCAGGAGGAUUUUAAGGUUGGAUUCUAGCUCAUAUGACAGAAGUGCUGCACGAAAUGAUAUAGUGUCGUUUUUGUCGGUAGGGUUCUGGAGUCUUAUUGUUACCCUUUUCUUCAUUCCACCGGAUCCUGAGAUUAAUGUUAUUAAAAGAGCUGUGAGAUUUGUCGUGGGUACUUUUCAGACAACUGGGCUCUUAUUCGUUCUUUUUUUCAUGCUGUAUUUGCAUAAGAUGACAAACUGAUGUUCUUAUUAAAUUUCACAACUUGCUGUUCCAUAUGAAUGUUUUGCUGAUAUUUACAUAAUUUAACGAAAUUUUAAGUUGCUUAAUAAAUUCUGUUUAUUUCGAGACAAAGACAAAUUGAAAUCAAUUCAUUCACUAGUAUAUUUUAAUUGCAUAUAAUCAGAUGUUAAAUAAUUAGAAAUUAUCAUUUCAGUCAAAAUUCCUUGGUGAAUAAUUGAUCUAGUGUUUUGUAACAUCAAUAAUUGCUUUUCAUGGACGUAUAUUAUAUUGUAACCCAAACAGAAAAUUUAAUGACAUACAAUAUACACCAACCAGAAAAGCUUAGUCAAAGAUGUUUAUGCCAAAAACACAAAUUCAAACUUAAACCAGCCAGAAAAAAACUGCGUACAAAUACACAACAAAUAUGUAAGGAUAAAAAAACAC